UAGAUAUGAAAACAUAAUGAACUUUUAAAUUCAUUACACUACAUACAAUUUUUGUGCAUCAUCGUAACUUUUCGGCUUGCGUCGUCUUUUCAAUCUGAUGGAGCCGAUGGAAACGUUGGAGUUGGGGGUUUGAGAAAAGCAAAGCAAAGCAAGCAAAUCUCCGAAAAUGUCAAGCUGCACCAACACAAUUAAAGCUCUGCUUGGCCCUGCCAUUUAGUAAAGAAGCCGCUGAAUGUAACAAUAUAUUGCGUCCACUGGUUCCAUCAAAAUAAGAAAUCGAUUAAAACACGAAAUUCUGGAGUUGCUAUGUGAAUAAAACGCGCAGUGAUCUCAUGUUUGUUGUGAGCUUCGAAUAAAAAGAGCUCAUACGAGCAGAGGUGUCGACAGCAUCAAGAUGAAAGCGUUGAAGUGACCCUCGUGCUUUUCGGGUACGUGCUAAAUUCGCGAAGAUUCACGCUGACUGUGGAUGAUCAUCGUCGCUUUGUUCACAUCGCUAGCGGCGGGCGAACGCCGGCAAUAUGGCUGGCAACAAUAACCAGAACGGUUGGCUGAACAGUUUGGGGAUCGGUUACGGUACACCGUUGAGCGUCGUUCCUGAACAACAACCGGGUACUUCGGAAGGGAAUCAAUUCGAGCAACUAGAUCGAGCAGCUGUUGGCAGUAGCACUUUGAAGCGAAAUCCAAAGAUGGAGUUAUCCAAAGGUGAUCUGCUUAAAUUAGUGACAUAUUUUGAAGGAGAAAUACAGGCCAGGGAUGUUGUUAUUGCAGCUUUAAAGUCUGAAAGACUAAAGCAACUUGCAAACAUGGGAAGAUACCGACCCGCUGUAAUGGCAGAUCCAUUUAACGCUUUAUUACGUGAUUGUACAAUGGAUAGCACCAAUGCAAAGACUGCAGUAUCAGAACGUGAUAUUAAUCAAGCAGCUGAACAACAAUUACAAGCUCUAGAGCAGUUGGCAAUUCAACAAAAAAGAGCUCACCUACACAUGGUAAAUAUAUUAAAAGAAGCUGAAUGUAAACAUAAAAAAGUGAUCCAGGAACUGGAAGAAGAAAAAUGUAAGCAUGAACACGACACAGCGCAAGGAGACGAUAUUACGUACGGACUAGAAAUGGAGCGUACUCGCUUACGACAGGAACUCGACAGCGAGAAAACAUCACGUAAGAAGCUGGAGAAGGAAGUCAAGCGGCAGCAGGAAUUGGCUGAUGAAGAACGCGGACGUCAGAAGCAAAUUGUUUUACUUCUUCUUGCUGAACGCAAGAAAAUUAUCGUCAAGUAUAUUGAGGAGCGAAAGCGCAGUGAGGAUUUAGCACAGAUAUUAUCCGAAGAAAAGUCACGAAUUGACAGUAUGGCCGAAGGCUUAGAAGAAGAAAGCAAAAAAUCGUUGCAAAUGGAAGCUGAGCUCGAGAAACAAUUACACGUGUUUGAAACCGACAAGAAAACCUUAAAAACCGCGCUUGCUAAUAAGGACGCUCGCUGCCAGGAACUAGAAUUAGAAUUACAGAAAUUACGCGUUGAGUUUGACGCUCUGCGGACACGGCCCCGUGAUCCCAGCGAUGCCGCCGCACCGAUGACGAGCAGCGUAGCUAAAGUAGUCCAACCGACGGCAACUGUUUCCAGCGUGCCUGUGUCUGGGCCGACAACGGGAAUUGCUCAAUCUGUUGUACCGGGGCAGGCACUGCGGCAAACAGCUACUGUACCAUCUGUCCCUUCAGCUGUUAAGGCUUCCAAUUUAUCUCAGACAUCAACCAUGCGACAAGCGCCAGUCAAACCAGGUUUCCAUGCCGGGUAUACCCAGAAUCCUAACGUUCCACCUCAAAUGCCGCCGAAGAAGGGCACCAUUGCUGGCAGGGGAGUUCCACCACCGAUCCCACCCAACAAGCCGAUCAUACCUAGCAAACAGAAUGUGGUACGAAGGCCCGACACCGCCGAUGCCGACAAUAAGAAAACUAGUUUAAAUAAAGAUGUUGUAGGUGCGGUAAGUACGCCCGACGUUGGACGAAGCACACCCGGCAUUGAAAUGCUUGGUCAGGAGUUAGCCGAUUUUCAACAAAUGUUCGUCACUAUGGCCACUAGCAAUAAUACCUAAAUAAUAUUAAAGACAUAACACUAUACUUCAAACGUCUUGUGUCGCAUAUUCGUUGAUUAGUCUACGAAAUUACUUGAUUGAUACAUGAAAUUCACAAGGCAGCAAAUUUGUACGCAGGUAUUAUAAUAUAAAAUUAGAUGAGAUAUCAAGAGAGUAAAAAGAAAUGAAAUGGGAAUGCGAAGAAAGAAAAUUGCUAUCAAUCUAUAUUCUAAUCAUUAUGUUGCAUGUUAUUAUGAAGAUAGUAGGAAACAAGUGAAUCUGCCGUAUUUUUGUACUACUCAGGGUAGAUGGUUGCCAAAAAAAUAACAUACUUUCAACCUAUUGCAACAAGAAACUCUUUCUCUUAGUUACUGCAUACUUUUGACCCAGGAAUAGUUGUAGGAACGCAUACAGUACAGAUGGAAAACUAAUUCUAAUUAUGUGUUAAUUAGCAAUUUUAAUUGAAUUACUUUCUGUGAUGUAGUUACAUGUGCAGGUAUACCAUAUGUGCAUAGAGCGACUUUAAAGUUGUAGACCCCUACCAUUUCCCUUGUUAUGUGAUACUGUUACUAAAUUACGGAAACUAACGAAACGAUAAUAAUAAUUGACGAAGGGGAUGCGAGAGAAAUCACAUGAUUAUAAUACUUAAGGAACUAUGAGAGGAAAUGAUAAGCUAAGAAAUUGGACAAGAAUGCUUUAGACUUCCUGAGAUAAAUGUAUAACCAAGAUAAAUAAUUCACUAAAAUAUACUUUGCGCAGCUGUUUGUUUAAGAUAAUCUUCAUUACUUAUGCAGGGGACUACAAAUAUCCUAGUCACGAUUUCAGAUAGACUCUGUAACUUCUCAUUAAUUAUAAGUCGCAAACAUAAGAUUUGCUAAAUUCAUGAUUUUCGUGUGUUGGAUGCAUUUUGGCGUACUUAAUGUAUACUUAAAUUAUAUUUUUAUAUUUUCGAUUUAUUUAUUAUGUUUAGAAAUUGACGAAAUCGAUGUAAUACUCUCUACAUGACGAUUGUGAUUGAUAUUAAUCUAUCAUUUUAUAUCAAUUUAUAAAGUACCAUGCAAUUUUUAGCAUUGUAAACGCUUUCAUUGUAACAGGAAGGAACAAAAGCGCGUCUAUUUUGAUUUGAUGUUAACCAGUUAAUUUAAUCUGGUUUAAAUAUUAUCAGUUUCGAAACAAGUAAAUUGUUUCAACGACGUGGAACAAAUGAGAUCGCUUUUAUUAAAUUAUUUUUGUACAACUUGUAUUAUACGAAGCUUUUCGUUUAUUGGUGCACAUGUCCAGUGGAAUUUCUUGAUGUAAAUUAAAGGUGGACAUUAGUGAUUC